AUGGCCACCCACGCAGCGAAACGGCAGCGGAUAUCAAUCGUCCGUCCAUUGGAAGAUCAGGCUAAUGAACCGAGUCGUUCGAGUUCAUCAAGUCCCAAUUGCGAGGCUCUUCUCAAUCAAAAUGCUCCAUCGGGCACAAAUGUCCAUUCGCAGCAAAUCUCUGCCAGUACUGCUGCAUUACGCUCCGAACCGGUCUGUCAGAGGAACGAAUGUUCGAACCCGCCCUCGAGCAAGAAAUCGAAGAGUAGAUCGCUCCACAACUUCUUUCCCGCUGCGAGUGAAGAACAAAGAUGGGCUACACACAAGACUGGAUCCUUCCAUUUGUCUCAGCCAAGGACAGACAAGAUAGACACAAGCGAUGACGCUAUCGAGGACGGCUACGACUCUUACGAUGAGGUUUUCUCCCACUACAUUGCAGAGCGAAAAGUCAUACCUGGAAAGCGGAUGGAGGCGCCUUUGGCUGCUGGAGAGCGUUCCAAUCAGAUUCAAGCAACACCACACGCUUUUCGUCCUCAGAGCUUCGCAAGCAAUCACAAGCGCUUCAUCGUUUCAUCGGCGUCGGAGAGAAAGCGUCAUGGUUUUGACUCGUUAGCGACCAAUUACGAUAAAGACUCUGAGAAAUUGCCAUGGGCACAGAAGUAUUCCCCGAUGAAUCUGAAUGAGCUCGCGGUUCACAAGAAAAAAAUUGCCGAUGUACAGAGUUGGUUAUCAGACGCCCUUCGCGCGUACGAGAAGAAAUUACUUGUUCUCAGAGGCCCUGCAGGAAGCGGCAAAACAACUACGUUAUCGCUAUUGUCGGACAAGCUAGGUUUUGAUGUUCUCGAAUGGAAGAAUCCGUCAGGAUCUGAGUUUGCGGCGAAAGGAUUCACAUCUACAGCAGCGCAACUCGAAGAAUUUUUGACAAGGAGUAACAGGUUACGUGGGCUCGAGUUUUAUGGCAUGACCGGUUUAUCAGCAAGCAAGAGGAACAGUAGUGGACAUAUGAGACCACGUAUUAUUCUCAUCGAGGAGUUCCCAACAGUCUUCGAUCGAGGCUCAUCCAGUCUAACCGCUUUCCGACUUUCUCUGCAGCGGUAUCUCUCAGUGUCAUCCGCACCGAGAGGCAAUACCCGGGACGAUAUUGAGAGACACGGGAGCUCACCUGUUGUUAUUAUCGUCUCCGAGACCCUGUUGAAUCCCGGGGCGUCCUAUUCGGACAACUUAACGGCUCACAGGUUGCUGGGGCCAGACAUUUUAAGUCAUCCAGGCACAACGAUUAUCGAUUUUAAUGCCAUUGCUCCAACGUUCAUGUUCAAAGCCCUGGAGUUGGUUCUGGAGAAGCAUACCCGCAGAUUUAAAUCAAGUAAAGGACCAGGGCCCGCGAUUUUGAGGAGUUUAUCAGAGAUAGGAGACAUUCGGAGCGCGAUCUCUUCACUGGAAUUUCUCUGCCUUCAGUGUGAACGGUUUGAGAAGUAUCCUUCCCCCAAGGCCACGAGAACGGGCCGAGGUAACAUAUCUUUGGCGCCUGUUGAGAAAGAAGCACUGCAAACGAUAACGUACAGGGAGAGCAGCCUUGGUUUAUUCCACGCAGUCGGAAAAAUUGUCUAUAACAAGCGUGAGGGUAUAAGUUCUGCACCCGACAACCCUCGGCCACCCCGGCCACCAGAUCAUUUAUGUCAUUGCGAUCGGCCUACAGUCUCGCUGGUUCCUGUGAACGACCUUCUAGAGCAGUCGGGAACGGAUACACAGACAUUCAUCAGCGCCCUCUAUGAGAAUUACAUACCAUCGUGCGAUGGCCCUGAUUUUGUCGACUGCAUAAAUGGAUGCAUAGAGGCAUUGUCAGAUAGUGAUUUUUUAAGUGCUAACUAUAAGACAAGUCAAGGUAGUUCUUCACGUGGCACAUACAAGGCCGCUCUUGGUCUUGACAUGAUGCGACAGGAUGAGCUCAGUUAUCAAGUUGCCGCACGUGGUUUACUAUUUUCGCUUCCGUCCCCAGUGAAAAGACGAAUAGCGUCAACAAACCAGAAAGGGAUUGCACAAGACGGGCAUAGAAUUUUCUUUCCCACUGAGCUGCGGCGAUUGAAAGAGAAGGAUCAAGUUGAAGAACUUACGAAUUUGUGGAAAGCAACAUUAUUACACUCACUCAGCGGACUCGGCAGACAAAGCACCAAGUCCUUGGCAGACCACUCCAGAAAUGGAAAGCAGCUUCAGGCUGGUAGGGAAGCAAUAGUCGCUACUAUGGCAUCCCGCGAUGAUCUUUUGCUAUAUCAAUUGCCAUACAUGGCUAGAAUUGGGUUCAACGAGGCUGUUUCAAGUGAACUUGAGGAGAUCACAUCCUUUUCCAGGCGAAGAACACCAUGUGACCGCCAAGGCAUCGAUGAUACUUGCGAUUAUGAGCCCAUGACCACUUAUCAGGCCUCCUCUGUCAGACAGCCUACAAUGCCUGCCAGUGGCCGCACUCACCGCCAACCCAACCUUCUUCCGCCUGCGGUCUCAAAUAGGGAGGAUAAAUUUGUCUUGAGUGACGAUGAUAUUGAGGAUGUUUGA